GCUUCGUGCUAUGCGAGCGUUGUUUUGGAGAACGAUUCCUCAAUUUAAAAGAUGCCACGCAAACUUAUGUGUGCUGUCGUGAAUUGUAAGCGAUCAAGAACCAAAAAAAUCGAAGUUUUCCCAUUCCCAGAAUGUACUCAAACCUCGAAACUAUGGAAGGAAGCACUCGGAAUUAGGGAGGAAGAUAUGAAAAUUGCCAACAAUCAACGAGGAGUAUGCGAGCAACACUUCGAUAAAGCCUUCCUCGUGAAGGAAAAGUUUAAUCAACAUACCAGGCUCAUGCCCGGAGCGGUGCCAAAUCUUUCCAUCGGUAUAAUUAACGUGCCCGCCCAUAAUACAUACCAAUGCAGGAUGUGUGCGAGGGUGGAGAAAAAAAUUCUGCGAAACACCGUUACAGAAUUGAGGAAGGACAAUCAUAUAUUGCCCAUACUGGAUAUUUGCUUGGAUUUAAGAAGUGCCGCUCACAGCAAUCUUCCGAACGGGAUUUGCGAUGUGUGUAUCGCGAUGAUUCGAUUUUUUACAAAAUUCCUCAAGAGCUGCUGGGUCGCCCAGGAUACAUUGAUGGUCAAGUAUGGGUCGGCCGGUGGUGAGAAGGUGCAACCCUGGAGGAGAAUUUGGCGAUAUCCGGAGGAAAUCGGAUGUGCUGAAAACGAGACUUCUGAUAUGAAGACAGAAUUUGUUGAAAAUCAGCCUUCGGAAUCAAUAAAUUCUCCAGAGUAUGGCAUAGUUAAUCAUACAACGGAAGUGGGGGAAUCCAUGCAGUUCCAUACUAUGGAUUUUGUUCCGGAAGAAGGCAUCAAUUCAGAUGUUCCGAGUGAAAUCGUGAAGGAAGAAUAUGAAGAAUCAUCAGGGCUAAAUGUCGAAGAACUGUCUAAGACUUGGGCUGAAGCUGCUGACAUGACGGCUGAUAAUUCUGAAAAUCUUUCUCCAGAAUCGGUAGAUUUGGCCGGUAGUAUUGCAGAGUAUACCUCAACAAAGCAUUGCAAGGACAUAGAUGUAGAACCUAUACAGUUUCAUGCUGUGGAUGUGGAGAAAAAUAUACACGAGGGAAGUAUUGAUCUACAAGUACCAAAGGAAAUUAAGGAAUCAUCCAGGGAUGCGAAAAUUGAUACGACACCAUCGUCUGCUUCUCGAAUAGGAAUUGAACACGCACCGCAGCAAAUCGAGAACUCUUCUUCUGAUACGAUUGAGCCCACAGAUGGGCCCAUAAUGUUACACACCGCAAAUGCAGAGAACACUGACGUCCCCACAGAUGUCGUAAAAACAGAACUUUCAGAAAAAUCAACGCCAAAUAACCUGAAAGAACCACUCCAAAAGAGAUUCAAACACCGUCAGAGAGUCCUCAGAAAGGAAGAACACGAAUGUAUGAUAUGUAUGCGGAUUUUCGAUACAUUAGGAGCCCUGCAGCGGCACAUGAAACGGGAGUUGAACGAAAGAGGAUUGCGACUGAGAUGUCUGCAGUGUCGAGAGUGGUUUGACACGGCACAAGAGUUGAGAAAACACUGUUCCAGGAUGCACGAGACAUAGACAACGUCAAAUUCAUUAGUACGCAAGAACUCUAUUUGUUCUAAUUAUGACUUUUCCGUUAGAAUUAAAACAAUUCAGAAUACAA